AUGAGUGGGAUUUGAAUUCAGGUUCUUGUGCUUGCAUAGCAAAUACUCUGACCCACUGAACCAUCCCCCUAGUUGUACCCCACAAGGAAGGUGGACUCUCCCCCAGCUGCAGAGGUCCAAAGUCACCCGAGGAGGGAAGAGGGAAGCCAGCCAGAGAGUGGAUGAAGAGCUGGGAGACACAUGCAAACAAGGCUGGCCCCCAGUGACCUGGAAACCAAAGCACCUGCCUGAAGGCUGGGCUGGGAGAGGAAGAAUCUAGCUGAAGCUGCCUAUGAAUGUCAGGAGAGAAAAGAGAAGAUCAAUUUUACUCCCCUUUAGCUUCCAGUACCUGGAAGAGCACCUGGCGUGUGGGCAUCCCUGUGAGGUUCCAGCUCCCUGUAUGUGAUCAGAGGAUGAGCGAGCCACAGGGCCAGGAGCUCAGAGCUGAGUGCCCUGUCUGCUGGAACCCCUUCAACAAUACAUUCCACACCCCCAAAGUGCUAGACUGCUGUCACUCUUUCUGCGUGGAAUGCUUGGCCCACCUCAGCCUGGUGACCCCAGCCAGGCGCCGCUUGCUCUGCCCACUCUGUCGUCAGCCCACCGUGCUGGCUUCAGGGCAACCAGUCACUGACUUGCCUACAGACACUGCCAUGCUGACCCUGCUCCGCCUAGAGCCCCACCACGUCAUCCUCGAAGGCCACCAGCUCUGUCUCAAGGACCAGCCCAAGAGCCGCUACUUCCUGCGUCAGCCUCAGGUCUACACCCUGGACCUUGGCCCUGAGCCUGAGAGCCAGACUGGGCUUCCUCAGGACACAGCUCCUGACAGGAGGCCGGUGCCCAUCCCCAGUCACUACUCUCUCAGAGAGUGCGUCCGCAACCCUCACUUCCGGAUCUUCGCCUAUCUGAUGGCUGUCAUCCUCAGUGUCACCCUGCUGCUCAUCUUCUCCAUCUUUUGGACUAAGCAGUUCUUCUGGGGCAUGGGGUGAGCACUCUGUGUUCCAGGACAAGGAACAGAGCCUUUCUCAGUGAUUGCUGGACCGGGGACUACAGAGCUGCCUUUGAUGUUACCUUUCUUUUAGUAUUGCUCAUUUUACAGUCCCGGGGAUCGGCUAAGUCUGCUUUGGAAAACAGAGAUGGCCAGACAGAAAGAGAAGAGCUGAAGGGUCAGGGGUCUGAUGGUAAACUAAUGGGUCACGGAAGGUAGAGUAGUUUUAGGGCUACACGGUCGCAAAGCAAGUUGUGCCAAAAGGCUGGACAGCAGCACCCGAUAUCCAACUAAUUGAGAGAGCUUGUAGCCUUUCACUGGGGGAGUGUAGAGCUUGUUCCUGUGUUGCUGAUGAUUCUGGAAAGUGUUUGAAGUUUGUGGGCCCAUGUGCUUGUCUCCCCUUUCAGCUUUUUCUGAUUCUUAACCACUGUUCCCAGUAAAGCUAGCCAGCAUUCUUUAA